GCCCCGAGGUGCGGAGGGGGCUGCAAAGAUAGAAACUCGAGUCUUGUGCGGAGGUGUCAGGAUUCGAAGUGGACCCUCCUGAGCAGAGAAGGGGUUUUGGUGCUCUGCUCUGUAGCAGCUGCUCUGCUGCGGCGUGUUGUGGGGCCUGCAGUCCUGUGCCGCUUGACAUGGGCGACCCAGUUGCGUGUUUUCAAGGAAACACAUGUAGGCUCAGGCGGAAAGAAUGGCCACUUGCUUGAGGGCCCUCAGAUGCCAGAAACCAGGUGGGCUCAGCUGCCCACCUGGGGAACCGAGGCAGGGGGAAGAGGCUUGGCCACAGCCACUCUGCACUGCAGUAGGAUUGGACCCCCAGCAACUCCUGUGGCUGAUGCUGCGGCCUCAUUGGGUCUGGCAGAGUUCUCUUCUAGGCCGGCCCUGAGGGCCAGCUUAAGGCCAGGGAAACACCUGUUGCUCUGCUGGAUGCGGCCACUGGUCCAGCAUGCUGUUUCACGCUAGCCAGCUGCCCUGGAGGGCCACCCAAGGGCACAGUUGCCAAGGCCUUCCUCUGCUGCUGUGUCUCUGCUCUGGAUGUUUGCCACCCCUGUGCCUGGAGGUUGCCUUUACUCAUCGUGGCUACGAGCCCUUCCUGGACCUCUCCUCGUUGACCCUGCCUCACCCCUUUAUAGCCACCUGUUCUCAUCGCUGCUGCUACUGGGAGGGAAUGUCAGGCCUGUUGGGUUGAGGCACCACAAGAGAGAUGCGCUGGGUGCUUUUGAGCAUUACUGCAAAGGGGUGCAGAUCGUCUUUGCAGGAGUGCAGAGACCAAAACAGGCUUCUUUGAGUCACAGGAAGCAGGGAUUCCUCUCCCUUCUCGGUGUCUGAGCUAAGCGAGUGGUGAGCAGCAAAAUGAACUUCCCAGGGCAAGAUCCUCUUUGGCUUGUCCUGUUCUUAUCUGGAAGCUGAAGGCAGAGCAAACACCACACAUUUCGGGGCCCAUGUGGAUGGGGAGAGGAUGCGGGUGACCAUGAAGCGGGUGCUGCUGGGGGUGGGCUUUGCCAUUGCCCUGAUGGUGUCUGCACACUUGGGCCAGCAAAUGUUGCAGUGCCAGCAGAUCCUGGGCCACGGCUCCAGCCAGCGGGGCCUGAUGCGGCCAGAGAACGAGGAGCUGGUGAUGCUGGACUCCAACCGGGUCGAGUACCGGUACAGCAAAGAGAUGCCCCUGAUCUUCAUUGGCGGCGUUCCCCGGAGCGGCACCACACUGAUGCGGGCCAUGCUGGAUGCACACCCAGAGGUGCGCUGUGGGGAGGAGACCCGCAUCAUCCCGCGUGUGCUGGCCAUGCGCCAGGCCUGGUCCAAAUCCGGGCGGGAGAAAAUGCGCUUGGAUGAAGCGGGGGUGACGGACCAGGUCUUAGAUGCUGCCAUGCAGGCUUUUAUUCUGGAGGUGAUCGCUAAGCACGGGGAGCCAGCCAGGUACCUCUGCAACAAGGAUCCCUUCACGCUGAAGUCCUCUGUCUACUUGUCUCGCCUGUUUCCCAACUCCAAGUUCCUCCUGAUGGUCCGUGACGGUCGGGCGUCGGUCCAUUCCAUGAUCACCAGGAAGGUCACCAUCGCAGGCUUUGACCUCAGCAGCUACCGGGACUGCUUGACAAAGUGGAACAAAGCCAUCGAGGUGAUGUACUCCCAGUGCUUGGAGAUCGGCAGGGCACGCUGCCUCCCCGUCUACUACGAACAGCUGGUCCUGCACCCCCAGAAAUCGAUGCGGGGCAUCAUGGAGUUCCUGGACAUCGCCUGGAGCGAUGCUGUCCUGCACCACGAGGAGCUGAUCGGGAAGCCUGGAGGGGUCUCACUUUCCAAGAUCGAGCGAUCCACAGACCAAGUGAUCAAGCCUGUGAACACAGAGGCCUUGUCUAAGUGGUUGGGGCACAUUCCAGGGGACGUGCUUCAGGACAUGGCCCACAUUGCUCCGAUGCUGGCCAGGUUGGGCUACGACCCCUAUGCAAACCCCCCCAGCUAUGGGCACCCAGACCCCUUGGUGAUCAACAACACCCACAGGGUUCUAAAGGGGGAUUUUAAAACACCUGCCAAUCUGAAAGGACACUUUCAGGGGACUCAAAAUACGACUGCUUUUCAUUGAUGAAGCUAGGGAUUUCCAGGCACAGGUUGCUUCUGGUUGUGCUGAAGAUAAGAAAAUUUGCAAAUAGCAAACGUGGAAAUCUGUUAUCCAAGCAUAUUGCUUGCUACUGACAUUGCCAAAUCAAGUGUUUUCCGUCAGGCAUUUUUGCAUUUAUUUGCAAACUUUGGACAUUUUGGACUCCCGAGUCUGCCUACUUUGUUCGGAUGCUCUGUGGUUAAAGGCGAAAUCUGUGGAAACGAGAUUGUGAGGUCUACCGGAGAACAUUUUAUACUUGUGGACUGGAGACCUUUUUUAAAGGCUCUGUCUAAAGUGUCUUGUAACUUCUGUUCACUGAGUUGCGGACCUCAAAUAGCUCUGUUAAUCUAACCCUGUUCGAGUGCUUUUGUCUCACAGGUGACAAUCUGAAACUUGCCUCCCAUCACUUUUAUUUGUAAUUUACAAAAAGUUAUUUAAGAAUUAAUAUAUGAAGUUCUCUCCCUU